CGAGAACACGCUGUCAAGAUGGCCGCCUCCACAAUACGUGCCACGGACGAUGCUGCUACUCAUAGCGCAGUUAGUACACUGCCCUUUGCAGUCGUUUCUACGCGCUAAUCGGAGACCGGGUUUAUUUGACUGUGUGCUCGUUUUGGCGCCGCGUCUAUCCGCAGACUACUGAACGACUUCUACGCCUUUACUGCGCGAAGAUCGCCGUCGAAUCGGUACGUCAACUCGCUUUCGGUUUCUCCUGAGGUCCCACGUGCGUUGUUGGCAGGCUGCGUCGGUGUAAACAUGAAGCAGAAGAAAGGACUUCGCAAGAUCGAAGAUGACCGCUUCAAGCACAUCGCUACGGAUCCGCGGUUUCGCGGAGUGCCGCGGUCCCAGCGUAAGGUCAAAAUCGACAACCGCUUCGCUGCCAUGUUCGACGACAAGCGCUUCAAACUCAAGUACGUCAUGGACAAACGUGGUCGGCCCAUUCACAGCACGACGUCGGAGGACCUGAAGAAGUUCUACGCCGUCGAGUCGUCGUCCGAGUCCGGAAACGACGACGACGAUCGCGACGAGCGCCCCCAAGACGACAGUGUCGAAUCGAAACGCGUCGAAUUGAAGGCUUCCGUGCAAGAGGACGAAGAAGCGAACGAGGACGAAGACUCGGAGGCCGUAGGCGAUAGCGAAGACGAAGAGGACGAAGAUGAAUCGGAUGCAAGUUCGGACGAGCCUGAAGAGCCCGAGAGGGACCCGGCUCGUGGCAUCGGAAACGUCGAGACAAGCUCUGAAGAAGAUGAAAGCAGCGAAGAAGAGUUGGAAGACGACGACGGAGAAGUGGCCUGGGGCGAGCUGGACCGCGACGCCCCUAAGUCGGACGACGUCAGCCGCCGACUGGCGCUGUGCAACCUCGACUGGGACAAGCUACGCGCCCAGGACCUUUUCGUGUUGCUCGACUCGUUCAAGCCUCCAGGCGGUGUCGUGCAGCGAGUCAGCGUCUAUCCAUCCGAGUUCGGCAAAGAGCGCAUGGCUGUCGAACGGGAGAGUGGCCCUGCUGAGCUGGUUGAGGCAGCUCGCGGUGACAAGAAAGCGUCAAAGAAGGGUGGCGGAGACGAUGAGGAAGUCGACGCCAAAACUCGAAGGGAAGCGCUGCGCCAGUACCAGCUGAACCGGCUGCGCUACUACUACGCCAUUGCCGAGUGCGACUCGGCCGAAACGGCAGACCACCUCUACCGGGAGCUGGAUGGCCGCGAGUAUGAGAGCAGUGGGACCUGCCUGGACCUGCGGUUUGUCCCCGACGACAUGACGUUUGACGAGGAACCGACCAGCGUCGCCGACAGCGUUCCCGAUCCCCAGAGCUACAAGCCACUGAACUUCGUCACCCCGGCACUCCAGUCGGUCAACGUGCAGUUGACCUGGGACGAGGACGACCCCCGUCGAACGGAGGCCAUGCAACGGGCCUUCAAAGAGGAUGGGGCCCACGACGACCUCACCGUGUACUUGGCUUCAUCAUCCGGGGAAAGUGAAGAGGAGGUAGAUCAGGCACAAGGUAAGGAUACAAAGGAAGCUCAAAUCCAGAAGUACCGCGACCUGUUGAAGAGCCUCGAUGAUGGAGAGAAGAAGACGGAUGAAAAAGACGACGUCGAAAUGGAGGUCACGUGGAACCCCGGUCUGACCAAGCAGGUUGGCGAGCUCGUCAAGAAGAAGCAGGAACAGCCCGAGGGCAAGACGCCCUUCCAGGAGUUCUUGGAGAAACGCAAGGAGAAGCGCAAACUGAAGCGAAGUCUCGGCAAGAAGGGGGCUGAGGCGGAAGAAUCUGGCGAAGAGAAGAGUGAACGAGGCGAAGACCAAGGCAGCCAGUCGGAGCAGGCGUUUUCAGACGACGAGCUUCCCUCUGAUGUUGACCUGGGUGACGAUUUCUUCAAGAUGGAUGCGCCCUCAAAACCUUCGAAGGAGAGCAACAAAAGCAAAAGGAGGAAGCGAUCCAAUGUGGAAGACAAGGCAGAGGACGAAGAGACGACGAAAGGCAAGGCGGAGCUAGAGCUGCUGCUCAUGGAUGAAGAGGACGACGGAAGGCACCACUUCAGCCUCAAAAAGCUGCUGGAAGAGAACCAGCAAAGCCGCAACAAGAAGCGCAAGAGGAAGGCCGAGAACAAGAAGGCCCAGAAGGAAGGAAAGACCGCUGCCGACGACUUCCAGAUGGACCUGGCCGACCCGCGGUUUUCCGCGCUGUACGACUCUCACCAUUACAACGUCGACCCGACCGACCCGCACUUCAAGAAAACCAAAGGCAUGGAGGCACUGCUUGCGGAGAAGCAGAGGAGAAAGCUCGCCGCUCCAGAAGGCGCAGCCUCCACAGUCACUGCCAAACAGCCGCAACCACAUUCGGAGCCGCAGCCAUCUGCCGAGCCGGCUGCAGAGCCGAAGCAGAACCGGCAAUCCCUCUCGUCACUGGCCAGUUCGGUCAAGCUUAAAGUACAGCAGAUGAAGAGCAGAAGUAAAAAGCUGCCGGGCUGACCACAAGUUUUGAAAGCUUC